AUGCUUGGUUUAACAAAUAAUGCAACUGCACAAAACGAUUUGAAGGAUGAAAGCGAUGUGUAUCAUGAUAUUGUUCAAUAUGAGUUCGUUGAUUCGUACAAAAACCUGACGAUAAAGACUAUUCUGGGAUUUCAACAUGCCGUUAAAUAUUGUCCCAAAGCUAAAUUCAUCCUGAAAGUCGACAGUGACGUGUAUGUUAAUGUUCCCGCGAUUUCGCAUCUUCUCCAUAACUAUGAAGAAAAUAAGACUGAACUACAUAUUCCAAAUGUCAAAGAAGCUGCUACGAAGCAGCAAAUGCCAACUAAUGUUUUAGAAAUUGUAAAAACGCAAGCAAAAAACGGAAUAUUUGGGCUGUUAUUGAACGAUUCUGCUCCAUUUAGAAUGGACGCUAGUCAUAAUAUAUUUCAGAAAUGGGUUGUUUCAAAAUCAGAAUAUCCCAGAGAUAAGUAUCCCGAUUAUCUCGAUGGACAUGGAUAUGUAUUACCGAUUAAUGUUGCUCGGGAAUUGGUCCAAGUGUCGCCGAGCGUUCCGUUCUUUCGACUUGAGGAUGUGUAUGUUGGGCUGUGUAUGGAAAGCCUUGGCUAUACAAUUGAACAUACCAGUGGGUUUUUACGACUUCCGACGCCAGUUACAACCUGUUCUCACAAGAACACGCAUGUGUAUCUCGUGCACGGCGUCAACGCAUCACGCAUGCGUACGGUAUGGGAGGCCAAGUGUCAUGACCAUGGUUUGGCUGCGAUUGAACUUGCAAACUGGAACAAUAGAUGGAUUAAAAUGACUACUUAA